AUGGAUUUAGAAUCGGAGAAAAAUGAGUGGCCAAAACCACGUCGUACGUCUACAAGGAGAAUAAUGGGCCCGUCCCACAGUCUGUCAAAGAAGCCUCAGCCGCUCAUUUUUAUUACCGAGGGCAUUUAUCGAAGCGCGAGAAAUACACUCGUUGGUCCGAGUUGA